AUGAAACGAGACGAAGUGAAACAAUUCUUGAGUCCAUCUCCUGCCAUUUCAGACCGGAUUAUUGCGUGGCUGCGGUCAGAAAGUGUGCCGGCCAGUUCUAUCAACUUAGAUGGCCAUUGGAUCUCGUUCACAGUUCCAAUUUGCCGGGCCGAGCAGAUGCUGAAAACAGAGUUUUUCAACUUUCAUCAACAAGACCCGCAAAGCAUCGCCAUUCGAACUCUUGGCUAUUCCGUGCCUAGGGCAUUACAUGCCCAUAUUCAAUUGAUUCAGCCUACAACUCGAUUCGCGACUUCCGAGCAGCGAGCCGCUGGAUGCGAUACAACUGUCAUACCAGACUGCAUUCAGGGUCUGUAUGGAAUCGAUAACACAACCACCAGACCCGAAUGGCGGAAUCGAUUGGGGAUAUCUGGUUUCUUGGAACAAUAUGCUCGACACGCUGAUUUCGAUGAGUUUUUGCGUCUUUAUGCGAGUGGCCACACAGACGCAAACUUCAGUGUCGUCUCGAUCAACGGCGGCCAGGAUGAUCAGCACUCCAUUUCUGACAGUGUCGAAGCAAAUCUAGAUGUACAGUACUCCAUUCCGCUGGCUGAUGAAGUGCUAGCAACAUUCUAUAGCACCGGUGGACGCGGUCCUGUUGUCCCCGAAAUAAAUCAUCCAGACCCCACCGAGUCAUCAAACGAGCCAUAUCUUGAACAGCUCCAUUACUUAUUGAAUCUUCCAGAUGAAGAGCUUCCCGCGGUGCUUUCCAACUCGUAUGGAGAAAACGAGCAGAGUCUUCCACCGUCGUAUUUAAACGCAACUUGCAGCUUAUUUGCCCAGCUCGGUGCCCGAGGAGUUUCAAUCCUUUUUGGUAGCGGAGAUUCUGGUCCGGGAAGUAUUUGCGUGAGAAAUGACGGGUCGAAUCAAACAAGGUUUCUCCCUGGAUACCCAGCUUCUUGUCCAUUUGUUACCGCUGUGGGUGGAACAUACGGCAUCAACCCCGAAAAAGCGGUUUCCUUCUCCGGAGGUGGAUUUUCAGAGGUCUUCCCGCGUCCCCGAUACCAGGACCAGGCAGUGAAAGGCUACCUUCGUCACCUUGGAAGACGAUGGAAUGGAUUGUACAAUGCUACGGGAAGGGGAUAUCCCGAUGUAUCAGCCCAAGCUGCCAAUUUCAUUGUUCGAGACCAUAGCGAGUGGAUCUCGGUCGGCGGUACAAGUGCUUCAACGCCAGUGAUUGCAGCUGUAAUUUCUCGGCUCAACUCAGCUCGUAUUGCCCAGGGUAAGCCUCGAAUGGGCUUCUUGAACCCAUGGCUUUAUGGCCACGGGCACACAGGGCUCAAGGAUAUUGUUCUGGGCAGUUCCACAGGCUGUAGACGGAGUCUUGGCGAUCCUCGGGUACGGAACGCGAGCUGGGAUGCCACCGAAGGGUGGGAUCCGGUGACAGGGCUGGGCACGCCCUUGUUCCCUACACUUGUGAAAUUGGCAUUAUCAGACGACCAUGCGUAG